CGGACAUUCUUCCUACUUAUGCAGAGUUGUUCCGACGUCACAUCUCAAACUCUCCAUUUUGCAUUUUAUGUAAUGAUCAACCGGAAACGAUCAUGCAUGUGGUCCUUGGUUGCCGAAGUAUAUUGCAGCUAUGGCUUGGUUCCCCUUUUUAUUUGAAGCUGAAUGGAGAAUUUCCAUCCUUCUGGACAUGGCUACAAUUUCUCAAAAUGAGUUUGAGCAAUGACAAUUUUUUACUUGCGGUGGUGGUGUGCUGGAAGCUAUGGGAUCUGCGGAAUAAUAUCAUCCAUGGAGAAUCCGGAUUCAGAGUUGAUGAGUUAGUGCCUUGGUUCAAAAGCUAUUUGGUCAUGUUUAACGAGGCGCGAUCUCCUACCCUUCCCUUGAAGGAACGGUCUAAUCCCAUUGCCUGGCAGCCUCCUCCUCAUGGGGUCGUUAAGGUUAAUUAUGAUGUGGCAAUCCCGCCGGGCAGCAAUUUCUAUUUGACGGCUAUGGUGGCUAGGAAUUCACUGGGGCAGACGAUAUGGUGGAGCGUAGAAAGGAUACCGGGUAUUAUUCGUCCAGUCGAAGGGGAAGCUCACGCCGCCCUUAAAGCGAUCCUUAAAGCAUUUUGUCGAGGUUGGCCAGCCGUUAUUAUGGAAGGGGAUUGCUUGAAUAUUAUCGGAGCCCUUCAAGACGAAGAUCAUUCUCUCACGUCCUAUGGUGCUUUUAUAGAGGAAAUUAAAAUUAUUGCCAAAACUUUUAAUAGUUGCUCGUUUUCUUUUGUUAAACGGCAUUGUAAUCAACUUGCUCACUUCCUUGCUAGGGAUUCAAACUUAGCUUGUCUGGAGGGUUCAUCUGUACCUCCCAACUUGGCGGGUUAUGCCUAA